AUGCCUGCGGUCCAGCGUAAUGGGCGCGCCGUUCCCCCGGAGAAGACACAGGAAUCGGUUAAAGAGAGCAUUCCUUCUGCAAUGACUGCCUCACAAGGCCAACAGAGGCCAUCUCCCUACCUCCUACUCGUCUACCCGGUUCUCCUUGCUCUGGGAUCUCUCUGGGCUGUGAUCUCUCCCACCGCAGCCUCUCCGCCAACAGCGCCUCUCGCUCCAGGUGUCACGUCCGACCUCAAUGUGCCGCAUUUCCACCACACAAACUAUUUCGCUGGGAAACGCAACCUGGUCAACAUCUACUUUGUCAAGGUCGGCUGGUUCUGGACCACAAUAGCAUUCAUCCUGCUCCAAACCACGAGUCGCCCGCGUGCCUCAAUCGCGAAGAAACACUACAUCCAAGCAGGUCUGCGUUAUGCACUGGUCACAUUCUCCUGGAUUCUUACAACACAGUGGUGUUUUGGUCCCGCCCUGAUUGACCGCAGCUUCACCAUCACUGGUGGCCACUGCGAGCCCCAUCCGUUCAAUGAAGCCAGCUUGAAAGAUGCGGUCAAGUUGUCUCGGGUCAAUUCGGGCAUUGUAUGCAAAGCUUACGGCGGCAACUGGCAUGGUGGCCACGACAUUUCAGGUCACGUUUUCAUAUUGGUCCUAUCGUCCGCUUUCCUCCUGUACGAACUGUACAUUGCCGACUGUCACUCGGCUCACCCCCAUGUCUCUCCGCAAGCCGCCGCCGCCGUGGCGCAUAACAUGACGGACGAGGAACGGACGGCCAUGGGAGGAUGGGAGUCGGAAACAGUUGCUAAGAUUCGGAUCUGGUCGCGAUACUUCCUGUACGGAGUGGUGGGUUUAGACCUGUGGAUGCUCAUGAUGACGGCGAUCUGGUUUCACACGUGGCUGGAGAAGUUGAGUGGGUUGUUGAUCGCCGGGUCGACAAUCUGGAGCGUCUUUUUCUUGGGGGAUUUCCUGCCGCAGUGGAGGAGCAUUGUUGGUGGAUUAUGA